AUGUACUGGCCCGUUGGGACGCCCAGGAUCUAUGUUACGGCAACAACGGCAGCCACCGCCAACAACCCCGGCGCUUUGACUGCCCACGAUGGCCUCGACGAGCAAUCCGAUGUUGAAGCGAACCAGAGAGAUCGCGAGCGGAACACAAGCAUAUCUUCGACGGCAGCACCCCAGGAAUCCGGCCAUGCGGAGCUGCCCACGCCGAUCACUCCAGGACCGAGGACCCCUUUCACCCCGGGCAUCAAGUCGGUUGAACACGAUGGGUAUCUGGGUUCGGAGUUCGGCGGUUCGCACCAGGACCUCGCAGCCUACAGUCACGGGCUAGCCCACCCAUCUGAGCCAUUGCUGGCUCUGAGGGUCUCCCGCAGUGGUACUCUUUUCGCCGUCAUUACAGCGACCAGUAUCGCUGUCUGGCAAACAAAGCCUACGGUCGUCCAAGCAAUCGUCAUUCGAUCACAGCCAUCGCUCAAAGCAUAUGGCACCAAUGUCGACCUUCUUCUGAGACCUGACUCGGCUAUUCUUGUUGUCCAGACAAGCCUCGGCUAUCUCAUCACAUACUCAAUAGCCACAGAUCCCGACUCUCGUCUGUAUAAGCCUCACUUCUCGGACCACACAAACAUCCAGCGGCGGAGACAAAGUCAUUUCGGCGCGGCAGGAAACACGGCCCCUGACCAGAUCCUGUUAGGCCCCGGCGAGGGUCCUGGUGUCAAGGAUAUCAGUAUUCGCUUCAAACGAGUCAUCAAGGUCGAUGCUGGCAUAGAAUGCGUCCUUGCGCUCGAUGAGGAGCUGAUUGUGGCCACCCACAAGCCCGCUGCCAUACAAUGUAUUCGAUGGUCACCAGACAGCACAGGUAACCAGACCAGUACUGAGCUUGUGAGCAAGAUGGAAUGGUUGGAUGAGAAGAAGCGUCUCACCAUCAAAGAAAUGACCCAUGAUCGACCGAUGAACCUAUCCACGUGGGUUACGAGCGAUGGCAAGGCAUAUGCUGUGCAGCGAAUCGCAAAAAGUGCCGAGACUGACCCCAAGAAACUGUUCAAGGGGCAUUGCAUCCAUACGCCGCGGACUGAAAAUGACCGAGCUGUUACAGCUGUCAUCAAUGCGCGUUUCUCCCUGAUCGCUGUAGGCUGUGCCGAUGGCAAUAUUCAUGUGUACUCAGUCCGCGAUUAUUCAGGCAACGUCCCGCAUUCUCACAAACACGAGAUCCAGGUCUCGACCAAUGCUUCUGGCCCAAUAACAACCUUGAUCUACUCGCCUGACGGCUAUUGCCUAUUUGCCGGAUACAGCAAGGGGUGGGCAACUUGGAGCGUGUUUGGCAAAGCUGCGAGCCAAAGCUUUGGUGCCGAUCCUACAAUUACAACGUCUAACAAGGAAGAAUGGCUAGCUGGCGUUACCGAUGCUUCUUGGAUUGGCGGUUCCUGCGAACUCCUUCUGCUUGGCAGCCAGGACAGUGCGAUAUGGUCCCUCGAGAUGGCUCGAAGCGCUGUCACCGGCUGCUAUUGUCCGCCCAACCUUUUUCGGACAGUCCUGCAGAGCUCCACGAGUGUCAUGAUCUACAGAGGCUAUGACCUUCCCGAUCUGACCAGCAUCUCUGCGGAGCCUUUCCUCUGGCAUACCGCGCGGGUCCCGUCAAAUUAUCUACUGAAUCAGUGGCCGAUCAAGUGUACCGUCGUCUCGGCUGACGGCCGAUACGUGGCCGUGGCCGGAAGACGAGGCCUGGCGCACUACAGCAUCAACAGCGGAAGGUGGAAAACAUUCAGCAACGAGAUCGCCGAAAACGAGUUUCAAGUCAGGGGAGGUAUGUGCUGGUAUCAGCAUAUAUUAGUCGCAGCCGUAGAAGCCAAUCGCUCAUACGAGCUGCGUCUGUACUCCCGCGAGGCCAACCUGGACAGCUCGACGGUGAUGUUCACACACGAAAUGCCUGCUCCUAUCGUAUUGAUCACCCCGUCGGGCGAGGAUUCGCUACUGGUCUAUACGUACGACAACCUCUUGUACCACUUCAUCCUCGCACCUGUCAACGGCACGGUUCGUCCUAUCCAGGUUGGCCAGAUCGCCUUCCACGGUAUUGUGAGGUCUCCGGCUCGUGUAAGGGGACUCAGCUGGAUCCUUCCUGAAAGCCAGAUGGUAAAUGGCGACCCUUCACAAGAUGUAACCUUUGCCUCCGUUCUCUUCCUGGUGGACGGAAAGCUCGUACUUCUCCAGCCAUCAGUCAACAACGAUGGCCAGCUCAAGUAUGAUAUGCGUGUCGUAUCCCACUCUGUCGAGUACUACACGAGUCUGAAGGAUCAAUCCUCUGUCAACAUUCGCGCAGAGUCCAGCCACAAUUACUCGUUCGAGGCAGAAGAGGGCAGCCUGCGAAAUUCUCUCUGGGUUUUCGAAGGCCAUGAGCUCAAGAUGUGGCCAGACGUACAUGAUGUUCUCAGAGCUGCUUCUGACGAUAGCACUAAAGACCUGCCUGCCGCCGUUCCCAUGCCGCUAGAUUUCUAUCCUCUUUCGGUCCUUCUUGGUAAGGGCAUCGUACUCGGUGUUGAGCCGGAUCUAGUGCAGCGGAGAGAUGUCAACUUCUCAUUCUUCCGGUUCGCAAUACGAACCCACCUGUUCGUUCCAGAAUUGCUGCGCUUCCACUUGCAGAGCAACAACUCGGCAGCUGCCCUCCAGAUUGCUCAGCAGUAUCAAGGACUGGAAUACUUUGCACACGGGCUCGAGAUAUUGCUGCACAAAGUGCUUGACGAGGAGGUCGACUCGUCACCGAAGCCAGAAGACGCACUGCUGCCACGAGUACUCUCUUUGCUAUCCUCGUUCAGGCAGUACCAUGAUAUCGUUGUGCAGUGCACGCGGAAGACCGAGGUCCGGUCCUGGAGAACGCUGUUUGCAUAUCUGCCACCACCGCAGGAGCUAUUUGAGGAAUCUCUGCUACGUGGUACGCUGAAGACGGCGGGAGGUUACCUCUUGAUUCUCCACACGUUUGAAGAGUUGGAAGCAGCCUCGGAGCAGUCAGUACGGCUAUUCGCACGUGCGAUCAGGGAGGAGAACUGGGAAUUGUGCAAAGAGCUGGCUCGCUUCUUGGCUGCAAUGGACGAGACGGGUGAGACGUUGAAGGAGGCGAUGGAGUUGGUCAAUAUGAGGGUGAAGAAGGACGCCGACGAGGUGCUGCCAGCCAUGAUGAGCAGGCUUGAGGUGCCAUCUUAUCAUGCCAACGGGUCAUCGAGGCGGCAGCAUCAUCGCCGACGACGAAACUCGGAUACAGGCUCAGAUGGGCAGUCUGUGACAAGCGAAGGCAGUAGCUUCGGUACUGCUAGUCCUCUGUGA